AUAAAAGAGAAUUGCGGGCCCAGAUUUAGCAACAGUUCUUUGCCGAAAGUGCAUUCGUGAUAAGCCCGCUGGUUGUUGAGUCCGAUUUUGCACGUGAAAAAUACAUCAAACCGCGAUUACAAUGGCCUUCAAGUUCGUCAUUCUGGCAGCCGCCGUGGUUGCGUGUGUGUCUGCCGCCGCCCCAGCCGCCUACUCGAUUGCCGCCCCCAGCCUGGACUACCACUCCGUCGGUGCCAGUCACGAGCACACCGUCAAGGGACUGUACGGCCAAAAUGUUCUGUCCCAGUACUCGAAGGCGGUGGACUCGCCGCACUCGUCGGUCCGCGUGCACAACUCCCGUCUGACCAACGACGCGUACGGAUAUGGCCCGCACUACGCCGCCGCUGCAUAUGCUCCACACUACGCCGCUGCCGCCGCCUACCCAGCUGCGCAUAUUGCCGCCCCAGCCAUUCGGUACGCCGCCCCAGCUAUCGCUCACCCAGCUGUGUCCUACGCCGCUGCCCCAGUCGUUAAGGCCGCCUAUCCAGCCUACGGAGCCGCUGCCUACCCAGCUGCCUAUGGCCAUCCAGCCGCCUAUGCUCAUCCAGCCGCGUAUGCCCAUCCAGCCGCCUAUGGCCACGCUGCUAUUGCCUCCCCUCUGGCCUACAAGGCUCCACUGGCUGCAGCUCCGAUUGCCGCCCAUCCAGGAGCCGUCGUCUCGUUCGCUGGCCUUGGCGCUCAGUACGCUUGGUAAAUCGAUCCAUACCUCCCCAACAACUACCACAACCGACUGUCGGACCGAUUUCCCCACCUGAUAUGAACGCCACAAACAUUACACAUAGGGUACACACAGUCAAGGAACCGCUCACUUAAUAUGGGAGCCAUAUCUUUUGUACAUACAGCAAUUGCAGACGAGGCUAGGUUUUAAGUUUAAGCACGGAAUAAUCGCAAAAAAAGAACUGAGAUUUUCCCCGGUGCUAUCGUGAAUCGGGGAGGAAAAUCCUCUACUUUAGAGCUUAUAAGAAGGGGGAGGGGGCGACCUCACUUCCUCACUACCUUUCCGAUCUCUUUGUUGCACUCCGGAAUGUAUCCACUCGGGCAGGCGAAACAAAAGCCAGUCGAACGAAUGGAAAAGUGCGCUUCUCUUUUGCACAGAAAAGUUGUAAAUAUUUAUUUUUUUCCCAUCUGACCUGUCCUGUUCCACACACUCGCCCCCAACAUUAUUUCAUAUUUACUGUACAAACUAAAGAAUGAAAAAAAAAGUUCAUUCCCGAGUGAAAAAUUGAGCUAUAAGUAAGAAUAAAGGAAACACAAAUCCAA